AUGGCUUCCUCUUUCGAUACUUCCCAACUUUCCUCCCCAUAUCUCUUUCAUCGCUUUGAUUAUCCCAGACUCGUCCUUGUCUUCGGCUUUCUCUCAGGAGAUAAUUUUCUCAAAUGGAAACAUGCACUUUGCCAAGCCCUCAAUGCCAAAAACAAACUUUGUUUUAUUGAUGGCACUCUCAAAGCACCAGCCACCACUUGCACCGAUUAUGCCCAAUGGAGCAGGACCAAAGCCAUGGUCCUCACUUGGAUUCUAAACACCAUAACUCCUUCCCUAGCCAAUUCUUUGUACUACCAUGAUGACCCUCGAGAUGUAUGGCUUGACCUUGAGUCUCGGCUUUACCAUGGCAACAAUGCUUGUCUCUUCCAUCUCAAACGAGAAAUAUCCAAUCUCCACCAAAAUCAACUCUCCAUCCCUAAUUACUGUAACAACAUCAAGCAAUUAUGGGAUGAACUCGGAAACCUUCUACCCCCCACUGAUGCCAACAACUUGGAGAAGAGAGCUGAUUAUGCCUGUCUGAUCCCAGGCCUCUAG